AUGGCCAACUCAUUUUCGGGAACGUCGAUUCCUCGGCGCCAGUUUAUCGUUCCAGAAGAAGAAGAAAGGGGAGACAAGGUUUAUGAGAAAGACAAUGAUCUUGGUCAAGUGAUUGAGCCCUAUUCUGACGGCGACUGUGCACGAAUGCCCGCUCGUCAAUCAUCCAUCGGUAGUCUUGAACGUCGUGUCUGGGUGCCCGUCAGACUGGUUCACGUUUUCUCGGACCACUGCGAUCGGCGAAUGGAGUCGAUUGCGAGGGUUAGCGACUGCAAAAUCGCUCUCACUGCACAAACAAAGAAGAACGUCGUUGGAGAGGUCGGUCGCAUGGCCAUUAUUAAAGCCAACUCUAAAAAAGGCCUCGAUCGUUGCGUGAAUUUGCUGGAAGAAAAAUUUCCCGCUUUUCAAGUGGAGAAUCGGUAA